AUGAGGAAGCAGCCGUCGCGGAUCGCGUCGGGGAUGAAGCGGCUGGCGUCGAAAGUGUCGGCGGCGGUGCCGGAGAUGCGGGGCCUGAAGCGGACGCACUCCAGCGCGCAGUCGGGCCUGCGCGGCCUGCGCUUCCUCGACAAGACGUCCGGCGGCAAGGACGGCUGGAAGUCCGUCGAGAAGCGCUUCGACGAGAUGAGCACCGACGGCCGCCUGCACAGUGAGAACUUUGCCAAAUGCAUCGGUAUGGCCGAUUCCAAGGACUUUGCAUGCGAGGUGUUUGCGGCAUUGGCUAGGAGAAGACAUAUCAACCCGGAUGAUGGUGUAACAAAAGAACAACUGAAGGAAUUCUGGGAAGAUAUGACAGACCAGAACUUUGAUUCCCGGCUACGCAUAUUCUUUGACAUGUGUGACAAAAAUGGAGAUGGGAAGCUCACAGAAGACGAGGUCAAGGAGGUCAUAGUGCUAAGUGCCUCAGCAAACAAGCUUGCCAAGCUGAAGAAGCAUGCUGCAACCUACGCAUCACUGAUCAUGGAAGAGCUGGACCCAGACGACCGCGGUUACAUAGAGAUUUGGCAGCUGGAAACGCUGCUCCGCAAGAUGGUGUCGGCCUCAGAACCGCCUGAGAAGAUGAACAUGGCGUCGGCAAGUCUUGCGAGGACGAUGGUCCCUUCCAGCUACCGGAGCCCGAUGCAGAGGCGCAUAAAUAAGACCGUCGACUUCGUCCACGAGAACUGGAAGAGGAUAUGGGUGCUCUCGCUCUGGGGUAUCGCCAACAUCGCCCUCUUCAUAUUCAAGUUCGCGCAGUACCGGAGGCGUGCAGUCUUCGAGGUGAUGGGUUACUGCGUCUGCAUCGCCAAGGGCGCUGCCGAGACCCUCAAGCUCAACAUGGCGCUCAUACUGCUCCCGGUGUGCCGGAACACGCUGACGUGGCUCCGGUCCACCGCGCUCGGCAGGGUCGUGCCGUUCGACGACAACAUAAACUUCCACAAGGUUAUUGCUCUCGCAAUCGCGAUCGCAUCGGCAACCCAUACGCUUGAACACGUACUGUGUGACUUCCCCAGGGUGGUCUCGUGCCCAAAGGAAAAGUUCAUGGAGAAGCUGGGGCCCUUCUUCAACUACGUUCAGCCAACAUGGCCGAUUCUGUUGACGAGCAUCCCGGGAUGGACAGGAAUCCUCCUGAUCCUGAUCAUGUCCUUCUCCUUCACACUGGCGACACACUCCUUCCGGAGGAGCGUCGUGAAGCUGCCGUCGCCGUUUCACCACCUGGCCGGCUUCAACGCCUUCUGGUACGCCCACCACCUGCUGGUCAUCGCGUAUAUCCUCCUGGUGAUGCACUCCUACUUCAUAUUCCUCACCAAGCAGUGGUACAAGAGAACGACAUGGAUGUACUUGGCAGUCCCUGUCCUCUUCUACGCAUCCGAGAGAAGCAUCAGAAAAUUUCGUGAGCAAAGCUAUCGUGUGAGCAUAAUCAAGGCAGCAAUUUACCCAGGAAACGUGCUCUCGAUUUACAUGAAGAAGCCACUAGGCUUCAAGUACAAAAGUGGGAUGUACCUUUUUGUAAAAUGCCCAGACGUUUCACCCUUUGAAUGGCAUCCCUUCUCCAUCACUUCAGCGCCUGGAGACGACUACGUGAGCGUUCACAUCCGUACAUUAGGUGACUGGACGUCAGAACUCAGGAACCUGUUUGGGAAGGCUUGUGAAGCAGAAGUUACUUUUAAGAAGGCUACACUAGCUAGACUUGAAACAACUGUUGUGGCAGAUGCCUUGGCGGAGGACACCAGGUUUCCAAAAGUCUUCAUAGAUGGCCCUUAUGGUGCACCGGCUCAAAAUUACAAGAAAUACGACAUUCUUUUGCUUAUUGGGCUCGGAAUUGGAGCAACUCCUUUCAUCAGCAUCCUGAAGGAUCUUCUAAACAACAUAAAGUCGAACGAGGAGGUCCCGAACACGCAUGACACUGAGUUAGGUUGCAGCUUCAAGACCAAUGGGCCAGGAAGAGCCUACUUCUAUUGGGUCACCAGAGAGCAAGGCUCCUUCGAAUGGUUCAAAGGUGUCAUGAACGAUGUUGCAGAGAGCGAUCGUGAUAAUGUAAUAGAGAUGCACAAUUACUUGACCAGCGUGUACGAGGAAGGUGACGCAAGAUCAGCCCUGAUUGCCAUGGUCCAAUCGCUCCAGCAUGCAAAGAAUGGUGUGUUCUACUGUGGAUCUCCAACACUUACGAAGACCCUGAGAGAUCUUUCAGUAGAAUUUAGCAAUACAACGACCACCCGAUUCCAUUUCCACAAAGAGAAUUUCUAAGAGGCGAUGGCACGGCUCUGGGCCCUGUCCCGGCUCGUGUGCCCCUGUGCAAUUGCAAUCAAGCCGUGUCGAAAGCUGCUGCUGGGGGAGGACAAGGUUGUCUUUGAGUCCUUUGCUUCGUGGAGCGGUUUUUUUUUUUUUCUGGACCAAGAGCCAAAGCCUGGUCAGGUUUGGUCUUGGUCUCUUGGAGGCCUAGAUGCGCAAUCCAGGGGACGUCUUAGCCGGAAAUUCAGCAUAGGAACUCCCAUGUAGGAAAAUGAUAAGUGUAUGUGAUUUUUCUCUAGUCGCAUCUUUUGUUGAAUGACGAAUUCUGACCUGGUAGAGGAUUGUUUGGGUAGGGACCCCAAGACCAGAGUUCGCGUCCAUUUCGACCAGAAUGUAGAUGUCUUUUUCUAUUUUAUAUUAUAAAAGUAUAUCCUAGAUAUUAUUCUUUGUAAGGAACAAGUUGUAACAUAGUUUUUACGUAAUAAAAUUUAGCAAUAUGGUGA